CCAUUUCUUUGUGUUUUGCAAGAAAGCCAGAAAGAAAUGGGAAGCAAGGGUCUUAAAAGUGUAAUCAUGUGUGUGCUGAUACUAGGGAUAAUCUUGGAAGUAGAGGGCAAGAGUUGCUGCAUGAGCACCUUGGCAAGAACCUGCUACAAGUUAUGUCGUCUGAAUUUUCAACCGCCAAUCUGUGCAAUAACAUGUGAUUGCAUAAUCAUAAAACACCAUAAAUGCCCGCGUGCCUACCCUUAUUUGAACCUUCUUCCAAACUCCAGUGCACCAAAUGCCACUGAGUACUGCAAAUUGGGAUGUGUGUCUUCUGUGUGCGACACCAUGAACAAUGCUCCAGACGUUGCCGGCAAAGAGACGAAGAUCAACAUGGAAAGCUGUCGUGAUGCAUGCGACCGUUUCUGCAAUGGGGAUGCCCGCUUCGCAUCCGUUGCUGCGUAAUCAUGCAUGUGCAUGCCAUGGGUAUGCUGUUGAAGGCCAAGGUCUCAUCACGAUGGAUGGUAUUCCACAAAAAGGAUCGAUGGCUCAGAUCCAAGCCAGUGUGUCGUCUUAUAUAUGUAUGCGUAUGCUCUGGUUUUUGUUUCUUUGUUACAACAAAGGUAACCACACGAUGGAUACCAUGUAACUACAUGUAUGUGCUCAUCUCUAUCGAGAUGUAUGUAUAUGUACCAUUGGCCAGUUAAUAUAAUCACUAUAAAUUAUAUAGUUUUG